AUGGCUCGUGCCACGGUCCAGGCGCUACGGGGCAUCUGGAGAGACCGAGACAUCUCCAGGAAGUUGAAAGCGACCUUAUACCAAAGCCUAGCCAAUUCCGUCGCAUUAUACAACGCGGAAACCUGGCACCCGCGGGAACACGACCUCAAGGCGCUGCGGUGGUUCCAACGCAGUACUUUGAAAACGGUGGAAGGGGAAAAACGCGCAUGGCAGUACGCACAAGAGGAAGCGGAAGGAGCAGAAGAGUACGCAAGCCGGCUCGACCUCUGCAACAAGACGGGCGUGCCGCCGAUAGAGACCAUCCUGCGGGAGAGACGGGUAGCAUGGGCAGCGCACACCUUUCGCAACCCCAACGAAGCAUGCCACCACCUGACGAAGCAAGAGAUCCGUAAAAGCACCCCCCGGGGCAGGAUGGUAAAAGAGGACUUCGAAGCCAUAGGCCUACCAGUCGACGGGUUCAUGGACCUAAAGCCACAGCCAGCGGCCCACGUAGUGAAGGCGCACCUCGUAGCAAAAAGGCCCACGAAACCGCUACCGAAACAGCAAAAGACCGACAGGAGAGGAAAGACAAAGGCGUGCAAAGCAAGGACCGCGCGACAAAGCGAAAACAUCCGGAAGCAAAAGGAGGAGGCCGAGCAAAAACAGGCAGAAUUCAUAGCGAGUAUCAGCGGCAGGCGCUGGGAAAGAGUUCCCAACACCACAGGCAGCGCCUGGCAAACCGAAAAAAGCGACGCCGAUCCUGAUCCCGUGAUGUUCCAAAUCGACGCCGAAGAUUUCUGUGAGAAUUCGGGGCGGACAGAAUACCGAGUGUGCGGCAUCUGGUUCCAAAAGAUGAGUGACGGAACCUACGCUGCGCGCUGA